GGCAAGAACAUCCGUGGUCUGAUCCUAAUUACUAUAGUGGCGAUAAUGCAGUGGAUGGUUCAUACACUGAUCGUUCCCUUGGUGGACAUCAAUGUACAAUGUCAGCAGAUGAUCAACAUACAGCUGAGUGGAGAGUGGACCUGGGGAAUGUGUUCAGCAUCAGCCAUAUCAACAUCUACUAUAUAACUGAUAAUCAGCCAAUGCCAACGGUAUUUGCUAGAAGGAUGGCUGGAUUUUAUUUGUACGUUUCCAACACAACUUCAAAGGACACCGGACAUCUCUGUUUUCAUGAAAAGCAAACAAAACAAGAAAUGAUAAUUGAGGACAUAAGCAUCAACUGUUCUGUGUCCGGACGCUACGUCAUCUACUACAAUGAACGUAGAGAGAAUAUCACAUAUCCUGUUUUCUACUCAAAGUAUGCCUACAACGAACUGUGUGAAGUGGAGGUUUAUGGCUGCAAUGUGUCAAUACACAACGAAGAGAUCGGCAAAAAUAGAUGUGCAAAAAACUGUCAGGAGGGACGAUGUGACAUUAACACAGGUCACUGCCUCAAAUGUAUUCUCGGAUAUCAGGAACCACUUUGUGACCAGGCUUGUAAAGACAAUGACUGCACAGAUCCAUGCGACACAGACUGUGUAAACCAGUCCUGUCAUCAAAGAACCGGAAACUGCUUUUCAAAAAUCAAUAUUACCAAUAAAUCGAUCCUGACAACUAGCGAUACUGAGAAAAUUGGGCCUAGCAUUAUUUUCAUAGCUUGUGGUAUCGUAGCGGCAGUUAUCAUUAUAAUAAUUGCCAUUGUUGCAAUAGUUCUGUACAAGAGAACAAAAACUACUAGGGGAGAGCAGGAAGAAACAAAACGAAGAAAAGAAAAGAAAACCGAGUCAACAACGAAGAAUACGUUUCCAAACUCCAGGUUAUAUUCGUCUCACACACGUGUAAACAAUGACAUAGAAGAUAGUCUUGCUCAGCCUGAGUUUUCAAAAUCACUUAGUACACACGGUGAAGACACAAAGAACUUUAGCCAGAGCAUUGAUCUAAGUGGUGAAGAUGUCGAUAUUGGUGAAAAAAUACACGAUGAAAACCCGUAUGGAGAUUUGUAUAUAAAUGAGAAACCAAUACCCGAUAUUGCAGUAGAUAACUUGGGAAAUGUCAUUGAGGAAAACUCAAGGAAUGAAGACGACUGUUUUAAAAAGAAUUAUUCGACUUUAUUAUAUGGCGAGAGGUAUCCCUGUGAGAUAGGAAAACUUCCUGAAAAUAUCACAAAGAACAGAUUCAAAACGACAUUUCCCUGCCCAACUCAAAACACUGUUGGAGACUUUUGGUUAAUGGUUUGGCAAGAACAUGUUGAACAAAUUGUCAUGCUUACAAAUCUGAUGGAAGGACCAAAGUCAAAAUGUUUCCAAUAUUGGCCAGAUUUAGAAGAAACCAUGGUCUGUGACAUGUUCACAUUACAUACAGAUACAGAGCGACACUAUGCUUGUUACAGCAUCCGUAAACUGCGAUUGACAUAUAACGAGGAGCAGAAUGAGAGUAGAACAAUUACACAGUAUCAUUACACAGCCUGGCCGGAUCACGGUACACCCGAUCCGCUUUGUCUCUUGAUGUUCCACAACCACGUAACAAGAACAAAAUUAGGCCAGUUAAAAGUUCCAACUUUAGUCCACUGCAGUGCUGGAAUUGGAAGAACAGGAACCUUUAUAGCGAUUGAUGCUUUAUACGAAGAGGGCCAACAAAAAUCCAAAAUUAACAUUGCAGAAUACGUGAGGAAAAUGCGAGAAAAGAGAAUGAAUAUGGUCCAAACUUAUGAACAAUACAAGACAAUAUUUCUGACUCUGCACGAAAUGUUUAAAGCCCCUGUUGACGUUCAUACAAGAAAUGACUACCUAAAAUCACAAUCGGCAAAAAGUAAUUAUCCUGCAUAUGUGUCAUCAUUACGAGAAGAGUUUCAGAGGCUUCUGUCGAUUCGACAUCAGUACUCAGAAAACGAUUUCAAAAUGGCAUUGCAGUACAAAUCAUUAUCAACGUCGAUUCUCCCUCUUGACAAAUACGUAGUGUUCUUGCCUUCAAGUGUUCCAAAACGUGGAAACUACAUUAACGCAAUAUUCUUGCCCUCUUUAACCUGUCAGAACGCGUUUAUCGCCACCCAUUAUCCGACCACAGGAGAUUCUGUUGACUUUAUACGACUGAUUACCGAUUAUGAAUCUAAAGUAGUUGUUUGCAUGGAUCCUCUCUGCCAUGUAGAGUUCGCAAAUGAGUGGCUACCGACUGCAACAGAAUCUAAAACUGUGUCACCUUACACAAUUAAACAACAACAAGAAUUGCCAACGGGAUUCAAAUGCAGGAAACUUGAAAUUUCCAAAGAAAAGUCCAGUGAUGAAGUUUGGGUGGUUGAAAUAAUUGACCCAAAUAGCAUCCUUUCACAGGACAAUCCUCAGACGACAUCACAAAUUCUUGGCUUAGUAUCCUUUGUACAGAACGUUAAAGCAGACAACCCGGUCAUUGUCGUCAGCAGGGAUGGUGCCGCUCUGUGUGGCGUGUUCUGUGCUGUAUACAACCUGAUACAACAACUGACAAUGGACGAGGAGAUAGACGUGUUCUCUGUUGUCAGACUCCUACAAACUAGACGUCCUGAACUGUGCUCAACCUUGGAUGAUUACACCAUGGUACACGACGCUUUGAUGAGAUUUUUAGAUAAAAACAAGUGAACAUACCAUACACAACCAGUCAUGUGCUACUGAUACAAGUAGUUACAUGUACUCAGAGACCAAUAGCUAUCGUUUUUUUUUUUAAUUUUGUUAAGACAAACAUUAAAGGCAAAUGAACUCUAAAUUUGUGUUGUA